UUCUGAACCUGACAACGGACAGACCAUUUUCUCGGAAGGAUCUUUGGCCCGCACUUGCAAGCGCAAAAGAUAUGCACUUUCGGUGCUGACACAAGAAAGCGAACCUGUUGGCUUCUUGGCCAUCACCCAUUUUUUUGGGUACUGAAUACAACUCCGUUGUUGCUUGUUGUUGUAGCAGCUCUUGUACCCCACAUACCCAUCAGUUGGGCUUUCGUUGCAAACUACUGAGCAAUUUAUCCUUUUGGUCAACCUUAUUAUUGUACUAAUCAUCAGAAAAAUUGGCCACUCUCAGAAUGAUUCGACAGGUAUCUUCCUCCGUUAUCCGCUCGCUGUCUGCCCAUGGCGGCAAGUCGCAAGUGCCAAAGAAAUUCGUUGGAACGGCACGAUGCCUUUCCACCAGCCCAUGGGCAAACUAUGAAAUGGCGCCCUUGGAUCCCAUCAUUGGUUUGACUGAGCAAUACAACCAAGAUUCUUUCCCGCAAAAGGUGAUUGUCGGUGUGGGAGCCUAUCGCGAUGAUGGUGGAAAGCCCUACAUUUUGCCCUGUGUGAGAGAGGCAGAAGAUCGACUUUUUAAAAAGCAUCUAGACAUGGAGUAUUCUGGAAUUGCUGGAGAUGCCAAUUUCGUAGAGGAAUCCUUGAAAUUCGGAUACGGUGAGGAUUGUGUGGCACUUCAGGAAAAUCGUGUUCAGGGAGUCCAAGCUCUCUCCGGAACGGGUGGCCUGAGAGUCAUGGGGGAGCUUCUUCGCAAGAACGGCCACCGACACAUUUAUGUACCCAACCCAACGUGGGGAAACCACAAGGCAAUUUUUACCAAUGCCGGUUUGGAGGUCAAGACGUAUGCAUACUAUGAUGCUGAAUCUUCUAGUUUGGACUUUGAUAGUUUGGUGAAAGAUUUGAAGGACAUCCCUUCUGGUUCUGCAGUUCUGCUUCACGCGUGCGCCCAUAAUCCCACAGGUAUGGAUCCUACAAUGGAUCAAUGGAAAGAGAUCAGCAGCAUCUGUAAAGAGAGAGGAUUACUUCCCUUCUUUGACAUGGCCUACCAAGGCUUUGCUUCUGGUUGUGCGGCCACGGAUGCUGCUGCCUUGAGAAUGUUUGUUGAUGAAGGACACCUCGUGUGCACGAUUCAGAGCUUCAGCAAGAACUUUGGUCUCUAUGGACACCGAGUAGGCACUCUUUCUGUGGUUGGGGCAACAGAGGAAGAAGCACAGAAGGUUGUCUCUCAACUCAAGCUGGUCAUUCGCCCCAUGUAUUCCAACCCCCCAAGACACGGUGCGAGAAUUGUCCAAACCAUUCUUUCUGAUCCAAUGCUGAGGGAAGAUUGGGAAGUCCAGUGUGCUGGAAUGGCGGCCAGAAUCAAUACAAUGAGGACUGUUUUGAGGGAAAGGCUGAGUGCUGUUGGAUCUUCACGAAACUGGAAUCAUAUUACCAAGCAGAUCGGCAUGUUUGCCUUUAGUGGACUCAGCAAGGAACAGGUAAUGAAAAUGAGAGAGAAACACCAUGUCUACUGCACCCUGGAUGGCAGAAUCAGUAUGGCGGGUGUGACAUCUGGCAAUGCCGACUACAUUGCAGAGGCCAUUCAUGAUGUCUCCAAGUAGACUAGACUAGGGUGCCAGCCAGCCAGCCCUUCUCUCUUUAGUUGUAACUUGCUGAGCCUGUUGAGUUAGUGCACUAAAAGUUAUCAGACUUGGAGUAUCAGUUAAAAAAAUUAAAAAAUUGGCUGAGAAUUCGGUACGGCCGAGAAUUCUCCACAAUCCAAGCCGUACACUGUGCGAUAGUCGUUUCCAUGGAAGACAAGCUCAAUGUCACAUUGUGAGAGUACCGUACGAAAGAAUGAGUGCUUCGUCAUCCCAUACAUCAACAUUUUAUUCAUAGGCUAGCUAGAAGCCAGAGAAGCAUGUUUUGAUGCAUGGAGGAGUUUCUUAUUGAUUACAUGUAGCUAAUGGAACAGACGCCUUGUUUCUUAUUUUAUAUGACUAUGCUGACUCUUCUUUACAUUCAGUCAAAAUGAGAUCAAACAAUGAUCCCAUCUGAGUAUCCUUUCCUCGCCGUAUCCACUUGCCAUGAUGCAUGCUUUUUCUCCAACAACAGUACAUCAUUGUCCAUUUCAAUCCGGUCCACCACAGCGUUGUGUUGAGAUUCGAACCAAGUGUUUUAGGGUUCUUCCUCGGCAGCAGUGUUACCCUCGGCAGCAGUGGUACAGCCAUCGUCGCAUGACACUGCCCCACCCCAGGCAGUCAUGUGUUGUGACAAUCCAUUGGUGACACAGCGGUUAAGGUUGACGCGACCAAAGAAGAAGGUUCCCUUGACCAUGACUUUGUUAUCUCCGCAAGCGCAUUGGCAAACUUGUGGCGCUGUAUCUGGGCAGGGUCCGCAUGUAUCCGUGCUCAAUCCCAAAGUAAGACCCUGCACAAUGUUUGUUGCACAGAUAGAACGCUUGACGGAGCUUCCGAAGAGUGUUCCGAAUUCACGACAGACGUAGGUUCCAGAGAAAGGAGCUUUGUUGCACUGUGACUCUGCACGUGUAUCUUCGGCACACUGAACAUUGCUCAAUGCAACGCCAAGUUCAUCGAUAACACCGCUAGUGGCGUUGGCGAAAUCAAAAUUAAUACUGGGAAGUUGCGCCGAGGUGCUGCUGACAGAUGCCAACAAGGCCAACACGUAAAGGAUUGUCUUGAAGCUCAUGUUAGUCGUUUAGUUGAUUGCUUGAUUGUUUCCUCGAGCGAGCUCUGCUGCUGGUAAAGUCCUGAGCAAAUGAAUUCCGGAAUUGUGUCUGAACCAGCAAUUUGUUUUCUCACUGUCGCAAGUUCAGCGAGCAGAAAUCAUUGAUGGUUCCGAGAGCCCCGUCGCUGAGCCGGGUGUGAGCGGAACAAAUAGUUGUGAUACCGCCAGGCUUCAGUCAU